UGUCGGUUGUUGAUUCGAGUUCUCCCUUCCUGCAGGGAAGGUUUGCUCAAAAUUUGGCAAUGGUGCUGCGUGGGGCCUUCAUGCAAAGUGCAUGAUGUCCCCGCCCCCCCGCCGGGCAUUUGUAUGAGCUGCCUGUUUUCUGUUUUGUUGGGCCCUGUAGAUUUUGACCAGAGGGCACCAAGCCUGCUGAGGCUUACCAAAGCCUGCUCAGGCGUUCCGAUGUCCUUCGGCCAGCAUUAGAUGCGGGCGACCGAGCUGUGAAACGCCCGGGGUCGAUUGAUGUGGGCUCCAGGUGCAAUGAUAUUGUGACCAACGUGCAUUGAAUGUCAGAUGCAGGUUCCUAGAGGCAUCCGAGGCAGGCCUGAGUGACUCGAUGCCAGCCUUAUCACGUGCGGAAGCCCAGGCUCUCUUUGAACCGCAGGAAAUCAACUGUCCGCACCUCACUCGAGCCAUGGCAGCUGAGGGUUUCGUGGCAGAGGUGGCACAGGUCGAGGAGGCUGAGAGCCCCCAGCCGGAGGCAGAGGUUGAGGCUCCGGCCGAGGUUCCCCAGUCGGUUGAGGUCGCCCCGGUUGAAGUGGCGCCUGCAGCUCCCAAGAAGGACAACUUGCCGACCUGCUACUUCCUGGCCACCAGCGCCAAGUGCACCAAGGAGUAUGAGGGAGACUACCGGUGGAUGAUCGAACUGGAGAAGGGCUGGAGUGCCUGGAUGCCGGGCAACGAGCCUUACUACGGCAACACCGACCUGCCCAUGAAAUACCGGCUGGGGCGCUACGACUUCGAGGUCCACUUUGAAAGCGACAAGUCCGGCACCCAGACCAACCUCACCACCGGCAAGGUGCGCCGCGUCCAGAAGAUCAUGAGGGGUGAGCCGCUACCCGCCUGGGAGGGCACCGGCAUCCGCCGGCGCACGGCUGAGGGCACCACUGGCAACUUCAAGGCGCCGGCCAACUCUGCCGCCGCUGCCUCGCAGAAGUUCCGUGACAGCCGCCGCGACGGCUACGAGGCACCGUUGCUGCAGGCAGGGUCCUUCACGCCGGCGCCCGGCACGAAGACAGGAGUGCACCGGCCGCAGGUGUCUUCAAGUGCCUACAAAGCGGCGCCGGCUCCAGGUGCUCCGAAGACAGCCCCAAAGGCGGCGCCAAAGGCAAAGCCUGCGGCGACUGGAACCACGGGAGCAACUGGAGGGGCACCGGUGCCCAGGUACAUGCGACAGUUGAAGAGCAAGGCAUAGACUUGAAUCGUUGAUAUCUUGUUUUUUCUCGGGGGCCAGCAAAAGAACUUGCAUGUUGAUACGUCUGACUUGCAACCAACAGAGGCCACUGCAAUGCCCGGUUCAGGCACGAGACCUGAGGGAAGGACG